AUGGCUGAGGACAGGCCUUCGUCCUCGUCAGCGUCAUCUGGGCCGCUCUGCCCCUUCCUCUUCAAGAAGUCGGGCCGCCAGGCCCCCGCAGGGCGCCGGCGAAGACGUGGGGCCGGGGAAGGGCGGCCUGAUGGUGGCGGUGGCGGCAGCAGCAGCAGUAGCAGUGAAGAGGGCCCAGCCACUGUGGUCCGGCCCUACAGGAAGCGGGCUGCCCUCGGGCCCAUGGUCCAGAGUAGCCGUGGGGCCAGCGGCCAUGGGGCGGCCGCGUCCGGCAGCAACGACGCCGAGGCCCGCGCCCUGGCCAUGGGUGUGCUCUACCCAUCCAGCCGCUCGGCCAAGCCGGCCGGGCCCGAGGACAUGGGCGCCACGGCGGGCUACGAGCUGGACGCGGCCCGGGAGCCCGAACGCGGAGGCCAGACUAGGGCCAGGGGCAUGGGUGCGGGGCGCAAGGGGCCUAUCCGCGCGCCCGAGCACCUGCGCGCCACUGUGCGCUGGGACUACCAGCCUGACAUCUGCAAGGACUACAAGGAGACCGGUUUCUGCGGCUUCGGUGACAGCUGCAAGUUCCUGCAUGACCGUUCUGACUACAAGCAUGGCUGGCAGAUCGAGCGCGAACUCGACGAAGGCCGCUACGGGGGCGUGGAUGAGGCCUAUGACGUGAGCACCGGCCCGGACAGCAGCCUGCCCAACAAGUGCUUCAUCUGCCGCCAGUCAUUCCGCAGCCCCGUAGUGACCCAGUGCAAGCACUACUUCUGCGAGGCCUGUGCGCUGAGCCACUUCCGCACCUCUCCGCGCUGCUACGUGUGCGAGCGCCAGACCCACGGAGUCUUCAACCCGGCCCGAGGCCUCCUAGACCAGCUCCGCCGGCGCUAUGGGCCCCGAGGCCAUCCCCCAACGGCCCCGGAUCCCGGGACCACCACCCUCCUCCACCAUCCCUAG